AAUUUGAGUGAUAUGUGGGCGAAAGACAGGUGUAUACAUUUGCCUGUGUGACUUUUGCGUUGUUUGAAAAACGUAUUACGUAUUGAUUAACAGAAUGACUACAAAUAAUGGUGUUAAUAAGUGUCUUUCUGAUGAAGAAAUGGAGGUUGAUGAAGAGAAUGUAUUAUUGCAUGCAGAUGAAGAAGGUGGAUUACGGGUGGACGAUGAUAUAUAUAUACCACCACCUCUUAAAACGAUUAGCACAAUUGAUGUUAAUGGUCCUAGAUUAAUGAUCACUAAGAUUGUUAAUGAAAAUUUCAAAAGUUAUGGAGGUAUACAAGUUAUUGGUCCAUUUCAUAAGUGUUUUUCAGCUAUUGUUGGCCCAAAUGGCAGUGGUAAAAGUAAUGUUAUAGAUUCAAUGUUAUUUGUAUUUGGGUACAGAGCUAGCAAGAUUCGAUCAAAGAAAAUAUCAGUUUUAAUACACAAUUCAAACCAAUAUCAGAAUAUUAAUAACUGUACAGUAUCUGUACAUUUUCAACAAAUAAUUGAUAAGUCUGGAAUGGAUUAUGCUGUUGUCCCAAAUAGCGAGUUUGUUAUAUCUCGAACAGCAUUUAAAGAUAAUUCAUCUUAUUACCAAUUGAACAAGAAGAAAGUACAGUUCAAGGAGAUUGCAAAACUUCUAAGGUCAUACAAUGUAGAUUUAGACCACAAUCGUUUUUUAAUUUUGCAAGGAGAAGUUGAACAAAUAGCAAUGAUGAAACCAAAGGCACAAAAUGAAAAUGACACUGGCAUGCUUGAGUUUCUGGAAGAUAUAAUUGGAACAGUUCGUUACAAAGAACCACUAGAGAAACUAUCAGAGAAGAUAGAUGUUUUAUCAGAAUAUAGAGAUGAGAAGUUAAAUCGUCUCAGAAUUGUUGAAAAAGAGAAAGCAGCUUUGGAAGAACCCAUGCAAGAUGCUAUUCAGUACUUAAAGCUGGAAAAUGCAAUCAGAAAAUUACAACAUCAGCUUUAUUCUUACCAGAGAUUUAAAACAACAACAGAACUUGCACAACAAGAAAGUAAAAUUAAGGAAUUGGAUAAAGAUUUACUGGAUCUUAAAAAUAAAAUGAAAGAAAUCCAUAGUGACAAAGAAGAAAAGAACAAAGUGAUUAUAGAGAAAAAUAAAAUAUGGGAUAAUUUACAGAGGCAAAAAGAUGAAAUUGCAACAAAAUUUGAUAAAAUACGAAAGCACGAUGAAUCGCUUCAUGCAGAAUUAAUAGAAACGAAUAAAAGACGAAAAGCUAACAUUGCGUCUUUAAAAACAGAAAAAUCCAAAUUAGAAGAGCUGUACAGGAUACCGGAUAAAAAUAUGAAAGAUAUUCAGGAAUGUCAGGACCUUAUUGAUACACAUACAAUGAAAAAAGAAAAAGCGGAUAUAGUAUUGGAAAAAUUAAUGAAUGAGCUAAGUAAAAACUCUGAGCCACUGUUGAAUGAACGUUCUAAGCUUGAAAAGAAACUAAUAUGUCUUAGAAAGGAUGUUGAUGAAGCACAAGCUGCAUUCAAAAUUGCUCAAUCUGAAUUAGAACUGUAUACUUCUGUAGAAUCAAUAGAGAAAGAAAAAUUAGAAAAACUAAAACAUUCUGUGAAAUUAACAACAGAUAAUUUAUUGACAAAAAAGGAACAACUACAGAAUUUAGGAAACAAAAUUCCUGACAGUGAUCAAGAAUUAGUACGAGCACAACAAGAACUGAACAUGGUAAAAACAAAGGAAAUUGAAAUGACUUCAAAAUUGAAAACAAUGAGAAUUUCGUUUGAGGAACAAAAGUUCGCUAUGCAAGCGAGUAAAUCGAGGAACAAGAUUAUAGACAACUUAAUGCGGGAAAAAAGAGAAGGCAGACUUCCUGGUGUUUUUGGAAGAUUGGGUGAUCUUGGUGCUAUAGAUGGAAAAUAUGACAUUGCAAUUUCAACAGCUUGUGGUCCUCUGGAUAAUAUUGUAGUUGAUACUGUAACAACUGCACAAUCAUGUAUAACAUUUCUCCGACAAAACGAUAUAGGACGUGCAACCUUUAUACCGCUGGAAAAACAGCAACGUUUGUUAUCAAGGUGUAAACAAAAGAUACAAACCCCGGAGAAUGUUCCAAGGCUGUUUGAUCUUAUACGUGUGGAAGACGAAAGAGUAUUACCGGCAUUUUAUUAUGGGCUACAAGAUACGUUAGUGGCAAAUGAUUUAGACCAAGCAGCACGCAUUGCAUAUGGUCAUAAACGUUUCAGAGUAGUUACAUUGAAAGGCGAGUUAAUCGAAUUAUCAGGCACAAUGAGUGGAGGUGGUAAAACAGUGUUAAGGGGUAGGAUGGGACAAAAAGUUCUGAAAAAUGAUCUGUCUGCAACAGAUGUGGAAAAAUUGCAAUCAGACUUGAGUAAAACUUGCGAAGAGUGCAAUGAACUGAGAGCUAGAUCUCAGUCUUUAGAAAAUGAGAUUCAUGUUUUAAGUGUAGGUUUAAAAGAUAUGAAAAUUAGCAAGGAAAAGUUGUAUAUUGAACUGAAAACAUUACAAGAACAAGAACCAUCAUUAUUAAUGCAACUUAAAGUUCAGAAGAAGAAAGUUGCGGAUUCAAAAUCGAAUCCACAAAAGGUUGAACAGUUACAGAAAGCAAUGACUGCUGCAAAGAACACUUUGGAGAAAGUACAGGAAAAGUCACAGAUUUUUGAAAAUCAAGUGAUUCACAUUAAUAAAGAAAUAGAGAACUUAUCAGGAAGUUCUAUAAAAGAUGAACAGAGAAAUAUAUGUAACUUAUGUAAAGUAAUUGAUAAAGGUAAAGCUGAAAUAUGCAAAUUGCAAGUUGCUAUUAAAACAGCUGAGAGAAAUGUGAAGAAAAUGGAACAACGGAUAAAUAGUUUAGAAAAUGAUAUACAUUCUUGUGAACAAAGACUUCGCGAUAUUCAAAAGGAGAAACAAGAAUUAGAAGAACAAGGAAAAAUAUAUUUAAAAGAACUUGAUGAACUUACGAAAACACUUUCAGAUAGAGACGAGGCUAUGUCAUCUUUUAAAGAAGAAUUAAAUACUUUACUUGCUAGGGAAAAUAAAAUGAAAGCAUUUAAAAUAGAUCUUGAUCAGAAAGUGAAAGAAUAUAAGGUUAUAAUUGAUGAAUUAAAACAAAAAAUUCCAGGCUUUACAAGAAAAAUAGCUGAUUUAAAACUUCAAGUAAUACCUGGUGAAAAUGUUGAAGAGUUAAAAGAAUUAACGGAGGAGGAACUUCAUGAAUUAGACGAGAGAAUUCUCGUAGGUAAUUUGCAAAAAGUUAAGACACAAUUACCCACAGACGUUCCAAAUAUGCAGCUUAUUGCGGAAUAUAAAGAAAAAGAUGCAUUGUAUAUGAAACGUGCUGCAGAUCUAGAAAAAAUAACGACUGAGCGCAAUAAAAUACGAGAUGUAUAUGAAACAGCAAGACGUCGAAGAAUUCAAGAGUUUCUUGCAGGUUUUACUAUUAUUACAGACAAAUUGAAAGAGAUGUAUCAAAUGAUUACAUUAGGAGGUGAUGCAGAAUUGGAAUUGGUCGAUUCUUUGGACCCUUUUAGCGAAGGAAUUGCUUUUAGUGUUAGACCACCUAAGAAAUCUUGGAAAAAUAUUUGUAAUCUCAGUGGUGGUGAAAAAACUUUGAGUUCUCUGGCACUUGUAUUUGCACUACAUCAUUACAAACCUACCCCCCUAUAUUUUAUGGACGAAAUUGAUGCAGCUUUGGACUUUAAAAAUGUUUCAAUCGUUGGAAAUUAUAUUAAGGAAAGAACAAAAAACGCACAAUUUAUAAUAAUAUCCUUAAGAUCGAAUAUGUUUGAACUUGCGGAUUAUCUGGUCGGAAUAUAUAAAACGUACAACUGCACAAAGAGCGUUACCGUUGAUUCGAGAAAGUAUUAUGAAAAGAGUGGAAUUGCUCCUCCGACACAAAUCACAUCCAAGAGCCUGUAUUCGACACAGAUACAAAAAUUUUCUGUACAAAGUCAGUACAAAGAAAAUUGUACAACACAGAAGACGGAUAAUAUACAAAGUGUACAUCACUCGGGAAAUACAUCAUUCGGGCUGCCAGAAUUAGGAUUGUGUCCAUCACCAGAAGAAAAGACAUCUUUACAAAGAUGUUCCAGUGCAACUGAAAGUAACAUGAGUGAUGAGAAUACUUGCCAGAAACCAUUGAAAAAGAAACGUAAAAUAUAA